GCAUCAUUCACUCCCUUCAGGUACGAAAGGUACACGAACUUGGACUUCAAGGUGUAAAUUGAUGCUGUCUUGAAGUCGUCUCGAAGGACUCGACGUCAAAUCUCACAAUUGACGACACUCCACCCCUUGUUCCAUCGUCUCAAUCCAUAGAUACUUCGCCCACCUUCAACCUUCACCUCCGCCAAACCAUGACUUCUAUCCCCCAGCUCUUUUCGCUCGAAGGCCAGACCGCCCUCAUCACAGGCGGCACGCGAGGCAUCGGACAGGCCAUGGCCAUUGCCCUAGCCGAAGCCGGCGCAGACAUCCUUCUCGUCCAGAGAGACACCACCAACCAAACCACAAAGCAAACCAUCGAAUCCCUCGGCCGAACCGCCACAAUCUACACCGCAGACCUCUCCUCCCCCUCCUCCGUCUCCUCGCUCAUCCCCACCAUCCUCGCCGACGGCCACAGGAUCCACAUCCUGCUCAACUGCGCGGGCAUCCAGCGACGCCACCCAGCCCACGAAUUCCCAGACAACGACUGGCGCGCCGUCCUGCAGGUCAACCUCGACACCGUGUUCACGUUAUGUCGAGAUGUAGGCGCGCACAUGCUCCAACAAGACCCCUCCUUGCCGCUCAACCGCCGCGGCGCCAUCAUCAAUGUAGCCAGUCUGCUGAGUUUCCAGGGCGGCAUCACCGUGCCUGCGUACGCGGCUAGCAAAGGUGGAGUAGCGCAGCUGACCAAGGCCUUGUCCAACGAGUGGGCCGGUAAGGGCAUCAAUGUGAAUGCCAUUGCUCCCGGGUACAUCGCGACGGAGAUGAACACGGCGCUGCUGCAGGAUGAGAGAAGGGCGGCGAGUAUCCUGGAGAGGAUACCGGCGGGGCGGUGGGGAAGGCCCGAGGAUUUCAAGGGCGUCGUCGUGUGGUUGGCGAGUGCGGCGAGUGCGUAUGUGAGUGGGGAGGUGGUUACCGUGGAUGGGGGGUGGAUGGGGAGGUAGGUGUUGUAUCUAUGGUCUUGGUUGUGAUACAGCGGCGAGAUUUGAUCGACCAUGAGAUGCAUGACGAAACCAGUAUAGAGAUAUAGAUGCACGAGAUAAUAAGAUAUGGCCAGUUAGUUCAUCUAUGAGGUCUAUAUUCGUAA